CUCGCCCUGUCACACACUGUUUAACCCACACAAUCCAAAUACAUAAAUCCUCUCACCAAUACUCAUGGAAGAAGACAAGGGACACGAACCAAGAAAUUAUUAUUGUUAGGUUAUUAUUUGUAGCCAAGUACAACUUAUUUUCCCAGUCAACUCCAAAAUCCUAUAAUCCAAUUUAAUAUUUAGUUUUAUAGCUAUUCAUAUCGUGCAGCAAGAAACUAGCAGAUCUGUCAAACUUGAACGAAAUUUAUUUCAUAUAUUUAACACUUGUCUCAUCCGCACACCUUAUCGUCAUCCGCUAAUAAUGAUUGGCAUGUUUUUACCUAUCUGCUGAACCACUUACGCCACAAAACAUGUGUUAAGUAGGGCAGGGCAAAUUCGUUUUGUUAACAAAAUCGAGUCUAACUAAAAUUCACGGGGAGAAAAUUUGUAUCCUCCUGCCUGACUGACUGGUUAGUGGAAUUGUAUUAUAUUUCAUAUUUGUCCCGUGUCUUUUUGGCAAUUUUGACUUUUGAGAGCUGGUGCUUGUGGGUUGAGUUGAUGGAGUUUAUGUUUAUAUAUCAAGACCCGGACUGAUGAUUGAUGCGAUUUUAAAUGUGACUAAGCGACUGCUUAAUUAAAUGUAAAAAGGGAUUUAGUGGGAAUUUGGGAAUACUACUUCUGUGACCGAUUAAGAACGACAAGUCAUAUUAGCAGCUGAUUAAACAACAACACGUCAAAUCUAACAAUUUGAGGAAUGUGUGAUGGGAGGACAGCAAACUAAGGAACGAUCAUCGACAACUAGAGCACAAAGACGGCCAAACUAUUUGGGCAGUAAUGUAUUUGCAGAACAUCAUGAAGCCCUCUUGGCAGGUCGACCCCUUCCAGAACCUCCAGAGUGGUUGGAAGCCUUUCCUCCAAAGUGGACAUCUAAGGAUAACUUGUUAUCAGAUGGGGAUGAUCUCUUUGUAGCACUAUAUGAUUUCACUAUUUCUGGCGAAAACCAGUUGCCAUUGCUAAAGGGAGAGAGGGUACGAGUACUGAGCUAUAAUAGCAAUGGAGAGUGGUGCGAAGCGAGGUCAUCUAUGGGAAGGGUAGGAUGGGUGCCUUCUAAUUACAUCUCUCCAAUUAAUUCAUUGGAAAAACAUUCUUGGUAUCACGGUCGGAUUUCAAGAAAUGCGGCAGAGUAUUUGCUUAGCUCUGGAAUAAACGGCUCGUUUUUAGUCCGAGAAUCUGAAUCUAGCCCCGGACAGAGGUCAAUAUCGUUGAGACAUGAGGGAAGAGUAUAUCAUUACAGAAUUAGUCAAGAUAACGAUGGCAAAGUAUUUGUGACGGCAGAGUCAAGAUUUCAAACGUUAGCUGAAUUGGUUCAUCAUCAUUCUAUGCAUGCCGAUGGUCUGAUAACUCAACUCUUGUACCCAGCGCCAAAGUGCCAAAAACCAACAUUAUUCGCCAUUUCGCCUGAACCCGAUGAGUGGGAAAUCGACCGACGUGAUAUAGCUAUGCGUCACAAACUUGGAGGUGGACAGUACGGUGAUGUGUAUGAGGCGUAUUGGAAAAAAAGGGAUGGAUCGGGAUUUACGGUGGCUGUUAAAACGCUAAAGGAGGACACUAUGGCCUUGAAAGACUUCUUGGAAGAGGCAUCGAUUAUGAAAACUAUGACACAUCCAAGUUUGGUUCGACUGAUUGGUGUUUGUACUCGAGAACCGCCGUACUAUAUUAUUACAGAAUUCAUGGAAAAUGGAAAUUUGCUGGAUUUUCUCAGGAGUUGUGACAAAGUUCUUGUGAAUGAAUAUAUUCUACUGCACCUAGCCACCCAAAUUGCUUCUGCCAUGUGUUUUCUAGAGUCAAGAAAUUUUAUUCACCGAGACUUAGCAGCACGUAAUUGUUUAGUUGGGGACAAGUAUGUUGUAAAGGUUGCUGAUUUCGGUUUGGCAAGAUUAAUGCGAGACGACACAUAUACUGCGCACGCAGGGGCUAAAUUUCCUAUAAAAUGGACUGCCCCGGAAGGCCUGGCAUAUAAUAAAUUUUCAACCAAGAGUGAUGUGUGGGCAUAUGGCAUCUUGUUAUGGGAAAUUGCGACUUACGGAAUGUCACCUUAUCCAGGAUUAGACCUAACGGACGUUUACCAUACAUUAGAAAAGGGCCACAGGAUGGAUUGCCCUCCUGGAUGUCCAGAAAUAAUUUAUGAAAUCAUGCGCUCUUGCUGGAAGUGGGAUCCGGCGGACAGACCGCACUUUUGGGAGAUUCAUGGAACUUUAGUGUCAUUGAUGCAACCUCCUGUACAAUAUUUUGAAGAAGAAGAGUUUAGUGAACCACCAGUUAUACCCAGUUUCCAAACAGACCAUGUUGGGUCGGAAUCUCCACAAUCCUCUAUAUUUUUAACAACCUUCAACAACAGCUUACUUCCAACAUCGGGAAAUGCCCCCAUCGUUCGUAGAAACAAAAAGGGCAAACAAGCCCCAGCUCCUCCGAAAAGAACCAGCUCGUUUAGGGAUUCUAGUCAUGGACUAGAUUGGGAUUCGCAGUGCGAGUUAGACCCAGAGGGUCAUACAUUAGAUGAUGACUUUGGUGGUGAAGUGCAGUUCAUUCGUCGUCGAGAAAAUGCAUCCUUUGAAAAAUUGGAGGACUUUACGGAUGCUGACUACGCAGACAUGAGUGGAGCAGAUGCCGACGACGACUCUGAGGUUUCUGAAACUGCACAAUCGGUCCCAGAAAUGAGAAGCACAAAAGAGUUUCUUCGUGACAGAAACAUUUUAAAAUCUAAAAGCUCAAAAUCGCGUACUUAUCCCAUGAAAGACCAUAUUAGCUCAAGUAGGGGCUCAAAUAAUUAUACUAGCGCCAUGAAGCCACAGAUAUUUGCAUUAGAAGAAGUAAAUGUAAGGAAAGCAAUUAACCGAUAUGGAACUCUACCAAAAGGAGCUAGAAUAGGAGCGUACUUGGAUUCUAUGCGUCAAGACCCUGAUUCUGGAAUUGUUCGCGACGCGGAUGAAGAGAUUAGAAAGUCAAGCUUACCACAACCCUCUAAAUCCAAACCAGUUAAACCUAAAACUAUUUCCCCUAUUCGUUCCAAGUCCCAGAAGGUAAGCUCCCCUAAAUCUCGUCAGAAACUCCCAUCGUUAGACCCAAGUGGGAAGUUGUUCCAGUCUCGGGGAAUUAGCAAAUCGACAUCAAACAGUCCAGUACUAGAAAGCAGAAGUAAUUUUGGAAGUGUGACAGCUAAUGAAGCACCAGAGCUUAAAGCAAUCAGUGAACUCAAACUAAAACCUACUACUAAGCUAAAUAAGUCUUCUUCAAAUAUUAAUGGUAACCAUCAUGAACAAGCUCAAACUAAUACGGAAACUUCUCUCGGGGCUGAGAAGGUACCCUUAUCUUCCAACUCGCCUGCUUUACAACUCGUCUCGGAGAUAUUUGAAAGUCUUAAAGUAAAGAAUGUUAAAAGUGAUCAAAAAAAAGACUGCGAAGGAAAUGUUGUUGGUGGUGAAAAGGAAUACUCACCAAAGUCAAGAGCAUUGUUGACUGAUCUACCAACAAGUUCAAAAUUAAAUGCCCCAGUGGCAGAAGAUUUUGAAUCCCUAAAGUCCAGACUAAGAAAAGUUUCCAAAUCAGUUGAGGAUUGUAUAGAGUCUUCCGAUAUACAAGAUAACAAUAGUCUAUCUAAAACCAGUCCCACCGCUGAAACUGAAAAUUGCGCAGAACACAAUGGGAAAGAAAAGCGGUCAAGUACUGGGAGCAUCACCAAUCUUAAAAGACUGUGGGAAAGUCAACGAAACGUACAGGAGGCUGGAGUCAAAUCACCAAAGAGUAUUACCAAAGAACCAUCAGAAUCACCUUCGGCUAACAACCUUAUGAGUAAUCGAGUCCCAACAGAAAAGGCCUUAGUCAACAAAAGUGAACACAAGUCCCUCAAGGCUACGGCGACAAGCGAAAACACUGCAACUUCUGUAAAAGAUCAUGCAACUCCUUCGAGUAGUGACAACAAACCUAACAAGGGAACCAACCUCAACAAAUCCAUCUUUCCAAACCCAAAGACUGAAAACAAGCCUGUGAAAGUAAAGCGCGUGUGGCCACCUCCUGGAUCUUCGUCGACUGACCAUGAUAAACCAGCAAUUCCUAUAAAGCCAUUUGUGUCCAAGAAGACAAAUCCCAUAUACGCCACACCAUCCCAACGCGUGGACCAUUCUAAUAGAAUUUAUAGCGACGACCAGGGAACACUAGUGGAUCGUUCUGAAAUGGUGAAAAGAUGGCUAGCUCUUGACGCAAUGAUAACUACUUUAACUUGUUCUACAGGAAAUCUAAUUCCAAUCCUGGAUGAAGCCUCAAUUCUGUUACUGUGGGGCCAAAAGCAUGCAGAAGCUUUGUCUCCAAUAACUAGAUUCCAGUUUAUUCAAGUUUUAUCAAAAUUGGAAGCUCAUAUUCAAGAAAAAAACCUUGCCGAACUGCAAAAUACACUCACCGACUUUUCCAAUAUUAUUCAAAGGUGAAUAGCCACAUGCUGUUUUAUAAUGCGCGAAUGAGUAUUAAUUACCAUACGACGUUAUCUAUGUAUUAUGAUGAAAGGCGAGCGCUUUCUUUUUGAACUAUUAUUAUUAUUAUUAUGUAAUCAUCAUGACCGUGUUCAGAAUCCCCCUCCACGUGGAAUUAUAAUGAUUAACAUGUUGCUGAUGAUUAUAAUUACUACUCACUGAGUACUGAGUAGAUUUAUUAUGAAGGAUAAACUUAAUUUGCACCUGCCUAAAUCUACUUCCUCUCUGGUGUGUGGAAGUGAACUGAGCUCGUUCAGUUUGUUUUUAUAAUAAUAUUAGCUACUAUUAUAAAAAUAAACCUAUCAAUUUCGAAAGCUAGCGUGUAGUAUAUAUACGUGUCGAAUUGAACAGCCACUGUAGCUGUGGCUAUAAUAAUGUCCUUGAGCAUAAUUUGUAAAUAUAUUAUUAUGACAUUCGACUAUGAGCGAACUUUUGCGAGUUUUUCCAAUUGUGACUUUGUACUAUAAAUAUUAGAUAGAUAUACUUAAAAACUUUAUGUAUGAGUUUAGUAGUUAAAAAUAUGAUACAACAGCCAUACUGAUCAUGAUACUUUAGUGACUGGAAACAUCAAUAGAACUUUGCUCUUCUGACUUAAAUCAAUCAACCAUUAUUCGUCAAUUUUAUACUUUGAUAGUCAAUCCUCUACGUCCAUUUCGUUAGAUAUAUUUUGAUUUAUUUCAUAAGCAUAUUUACACAGUAUAUUACGAGGAAUUUUUUUUGUUAAUAUAGUACUAUCUAAAUAUUUCGAUCCAUAAUAGUUAUUCUGUAUUAUAGUAUUAGUAUUUUAUUCCAUUAUGAUUAUUCAGUGUACCCAAAGUGAAAGUACUUAAAAAUGUGACGACCUUUUAAACACAUCUUUUACUCAUUUUUAUGAAGAGUCGUGCUAUUAUUUAUUUAUUGUUCGAGUAUUACUUAUAGAAUAUGCUUUUGUAAUAAGUUAAGCAUUGUGACAGUUUUAAGGAUUUCGCAUGUAUGUAAUACCUCCGGCAUAAAGACAUCUUCACUACUGUACUGAUUUUUUACAGAAACACUAAUAAAGAACUAGUCACUAAAACAAUA